GUGCGACGUAAUGACGCAAAACCCGCCAAACUCAAAAUACACCAUAGGGUUGCAGACGUUAGUACGCCGAGAUGCUAGAUUAUUUUACUCAAAAAUAAAAAAAACAACGUGCGAAACAUGGAGGGAGCUUCUUCUAAAGGUGUUUUGAGUCACCUGAGUCACCUGGAGGUUGUGACAAGAAGCCGCAAAUGUGAAGCACAGCAGCCUGGUCGCGUUGCGGAGCUAAAGGCUAAAGCUGCAGCACUGGUGAAGCAGAGAGAUCAACUGAAGGCGCAGAUACAGAUUCAGCAGAAUCUUCAAAAACUGCGGAAGUCUAUGAACAAACACUCAAAUGAAGAAGAGGAGGAAAUGGAUGAAGACUCUGAGAACUCACAACUUCUGCGGCUGAUGGCCCGGCACUCACACCUGAGAGACCUUCUGGAUGCUCACCACCUCAUCGGUGGGUACGAUGUCAUAAAGACAUCUCAAGGCAAAGGAAUGUGUGUGUCUCUGGCAACAGCCUACGAGGGCGUCUAUUUAGACACAUACAACCUGGAGCUGGACCUAAAACCAAAGCUGAGGAUAAGGCGCCAUAACAUUCCCCCAUUCAUUCCCCUGAACCAGCUGGCUGAGCAGAGCAACAUGGAGGCAAACAUUAAGCCUUUUCUGCACCUUCUCAGCCAGCAUCUUAACGCCUUCGCUGGUCGCAAGCAACAGUUGAAACUUGUCAAGGAGAAUCACAAGUCCAUAGAAGUGAUGGAGAGCAAUGUUUUGUGUUCAAUAUUGGUGCUGAUGCUCACUGUGCCGAGACAGAAGACUGCUGUUCUUUGCACGCUAGACUACACUGACCAAACCAGAUGUCUUCCCACAAAUGCCCGCUUCGAAUCUGAAGACUCUCUAUAAACGCUGUCACCCUCUUGUGUAAAGUCUCUCUCUGAAGCUGUCUCAUCCUCUCCAUUUCCUCUCGGGCUUUCUGCUCUUGCCUCACUCGUUCCUUUUCUGAUAUCGAGUCGAUGGUUGCGAUAUUUUUCAUCUGCAUUAGUGACAGGCUGCUCUGCAUGUUUCUUCUGUGUCUGACUGAAUUGGCAGCGUCACCAGGCAGCGCUGGUGCUGAUGUCGACCGCCUCUGCUCCACCGGUUCAGAGCCCCUGCUAAAACGCAGUCCUCUUCCAUCAGAUGUGUGAAUUGCUCUGACGUGCGUCACGGCACUCGCAUGUUGAUCUAUUUCUUUCAUAGCAAUGUUCACCGUAGCUUUGGGUUCGCAGACUUUUACUACCGCCAUUUUUCUGUGUUCUUUUAUCAGCGAGUCCCGCCUUUGUUUCAGCAUCUUCUGCGUGUACCUGAACUGUUUGUCCAGCGUGUCCAUUCUAUGCUUGAAAUCUCUGUCCUCCUUCUGGUUCAACACUCGCAGGGCCCUCGGCUUCACUGCUCUUCUGUAGACUGCCUCCAUUUGUAGGAACUAGGCUGAGAGACACGCCGGUUUUUCUGUUGAACUAUUUUGUUAUUAAAUUAUAAUAAUAAACACCUUUUUUCUAACCUGUUCUGUGUUCAUCGCCCCCAGAGUGCUGUUAUGCUCAAGUGUUUGCUGCUAUGCUUGUCUUUUCAUGUGUAACAUAAUAGUCUAUUGUGUUUGUGCCAACCACUUGUAAUCAUGCACUGACACGGCAAGAGAUUAAAUUUCAAGAUGUCUUCAAAGCAAACCCCAGAUAUAAUUGCUUACAUAAAAAAAAUCUGGUGUAAAAGUGUUCGUUUAUUUAGUCAUCUUCCUUCAAUCCUGUUCAGUAAUGUCUGACAGCAACGCACAUUAAAAGUGAUGUGCAAACAUUAACAAAAUGUUCUCGUUUAUAAUAAAGCUCCUCAAACCAA